AACACUAACUUAACUUCCCAACCUACCCGUGACCCAGCGUCUCCCCUAAAAGUAAAACAGUGAACUUUUCCUCAUCCAAACGCAAGAGACAACUCAAUUCAACAUCAAUUGUAUGUAGAUCUGAUCCCCAUAAUAAGACAGUGUUUGAUUCCAAGGUUAACCUUUGCUAAUGUUUCGGGACAUGAUAGACUUAAGGUCUGGCACUGGAAUGACUCUGCUGUUGUUGUUGUUCACUCUUUCUCAUGUGUUUCCACAAGCAACGGCUGUGUGGUUAACCAUACCCACUUCGGGAACCAAGUGUGUCUCCGAGGAAAUCCAGUCAAACGUGGUCGUUUUAGCUGAUUACUAUGCUGUCACCGAUGAGGGUCCACAGCUUCAUACAAUUUCUCUCAAGGUAACAUCUCCGUAUGGAAAUAACCUUCACCAUAAUGAAAAUGUAACCCAAGGUCAGUUUGCAUUUACCACAGCCGAGAGCGGGACCUACGUGGCGUGCUUUUGGAUGGAUGGUAAACAUCAAGAAGAAGCAACUUUGAGCCUUGAAUGGAAAACUGGAGUUUAUGCCAAGGAUUGGGAAUCAGUUGCAAAGAAAGAAAAAAUUGAGGGUGUUGAACUUGAGCUCAGGAAACUUGAAGGGGCAGUGGAAGCCAUCCACGGCUAUCUAAUUUAUUUGAAGGAUAAGGAAGCGAGGAUGAGGGAAGUCAGUGAAAGAACAAAUGGUAGAGUUGCUUGGUUUGGCAUAAUGUCUCUUGGUGUCUGCAUUUUGGUUUCGGCGUUGCAACUGUGGCAUCUGAAGCGCUUCUUUCAGAAGAAGAAGCUCAUAUAGAUGUCGUUUUCUUAUGAGAUUUCUUAACACAUUAAGGCCUUUUUGUAUCUCCAUUUUUAACGGAAUUAACUCAUUUUGAUUUUUUUUUAUAAUUUCCUAUUUAGAUAACUUGAUAUUGGACGAAAGUUUGUGCAUAGAAAAAUGUUUAAACUCAGCUUUAUUUCUUAAACAUAGAGGGCUCUUAAUAGUUUUACUCAAUGCUUGGAGAAUCUAGGAUGAAUUCUAUUUGUUGAUGCUUAUCAUGGAUGCACCCCUGGAUGGGGAAAUGCUGAUAUGCAUAAUUGAAGAGUUGU